AGAAGUCCUUCGACAACAUAGCUUGGAAGCAUUUCCACGUUCUCGGCUCCCACUGGGGCCCAUGGCCAAGUGAGUUCAUGGUAUAUUCAGAACCAAAAGUCGCUCGUUCAGCAUGGUCUCGAUCUUCGGCCUCAAGGUCGGCGGCAAGAAGAAGAAGUCCGAUGACAGGCCCGACUCGGAAAGGCAGGCGCAGCAAUGGAAGCGCGUAGAUCAGAACGCCCUGGGAGAGGGCCAGUACUCUGGAGAGAACGCCAACCAAAAGGGCGUCGUCAACGGAGGCAUCAACUCCGUGCCACGAGCCGGCACGCCCCAAGGGAUUCGCAGCGGCGCCGGUCCAUACGCCAAUCGCGACACCCACAACCUCGCCGCCGCCAGCAUGUUUGACCUAGGUUCCACCAACACUGCUCGCCGGGGCAGUCAAGCGGGCGUCCUGAUUCGGCCCCACGCCUCCGACGCCAACAUGCGGACUCGAUUUGACGCCUACAACGGUUCGUCCACGAGCCUUGCCACACCCGGUCCCGGAUUUGGUUCACGCUUCACUGCGAACAACGGAUCUUCGACUAGCCUGGCGGCGCUAACGCGCGGAUUCAGUGCGCGAUUUGGCGCGAACAAUGGAUCUUCGACAAGUCUGGCCGGUCCGGGACCUGGAGCUGGAUCGCAGCCAGGAACCCCGGGUCGGACGAAAGCAUGGGUCAAUCCGCUUGAUGUUCACUUUGCGAGAAGUCCCCCUCCCGGCCGUUCCCCAUCCGGUCCAACUACUCCCAGAUCUCCGCUCGACUCUAUACAGCUACCGCCGACACCGACCACAGAUGGCGAGACGGGCUCGGUGUUUGGAGAGGGCGCGGAUGAGAUGGUUGACGCUGUUAUAGCCUCAAUCGAGAAGCGAGAGCAAGAGGAGAAGGAGGCAAAGAGAAGGGAGAGGGAACUGGAAAAGCAGAGGGAAACAGCCCGGUUGGAAAUGGAGAGGCUGGAAAGACAGAAGUCUACCGAGAGCACUCUAUCCACCAGGCGUCCCUCGGCCCCGCAAUCACCAUUGGAGCCGCAACAGAGGGCCGUCGAGGAACCCAAACUCCAGGAGCCCGUGUUCCGAGGCAACAUUGACCUGAGGCCAGGCAGCCGAAACGGGCCAGCACAGCCCUCUUCCUUGCAUCAGGGGCCACCUCCCACAGGCCCUCCAACCCAAUGCCUCCCCCAACCACCCGGACAGGGUCCACCGCGCCAAGGACCUUUCGGUCCUGAUGAUGAAGUACCCGGGGGGCGGGCGCCACGUCAGGCUCCUUCGGUCAACGGACCCGGGCCAGGACCCGGGCCUCGACAGAAUAGUUUCGGUCCCCAGCAGUCUCGCCCCAAAGGGCCCUAUCCGGCUCCUCUAGCUCUCGGUGCCUACACGCGUGCCCAGGGGCCGAGUUCGCAAGAGACUCCUCAAAAGUCUCCUCAAAAGGUCUACCGCCCUUACCGGCCACCUCCUCUCCAGGGCUGCGGCCCGCUCGGCCCGCUACCGGACGGACUCCGGUCACCAAGCCCUCCUCCCCGCACGCCCGGCGUUGAAAGUCUUCGUUCGCAGAGCCCUGCACUUCGGAGCCCCGCCCUCAGAAAACCCUCUACCAUUGAACAGCAACCCUCGGUGUCCAAUUCGGAAGCGGAAGAAUCCAAUAGCAGACGAGGCACUCCUGCUCCGGAAGCGCAGGGCGUGGUGCCGCUGAUAUCCACACUGACCUCCCCUUCCACCGCGACCUCGCCGACAGGGUCAAUCCGGAGAUUAUCUCUCGAUGAUGAACCAGCGGAGCAGCUUGCGCCGCCCGUCAUUCGGAACGUUGCUGCCAAGCGUGAUACGCUGAGAUAUAACACCCCGCGGCAACGGAGCCUGUCGAUGAAAAUUGAGGAAUUGGAGAAGACGCUCCUCGACGCGCAACAAGCACAUGUGUCUCGGGAACCAUCACGCUCGGAGGCCGGUGUGGCCAGCGCGACCAGCAGCGUCUACAGCGACGGGAUCAAGGACGAUGACGAUGAUGACGGUCCGAUCCUGUCCAUCCAGCCAGCCCCGCUCCGAAUCCCUCCGCCCAUGUCGCCGCCGGUCCCGGCCGCCGCUGCUGUCUCUAACCGUCCGCAAAGUCCGAUGAGGGGUCCUCCCAGACGAGGACCGCUGCCACGCCGGCCGGCCUUGGAGGAGUACGGGGUGUGUAGCAGCAAGGUGGCCAACAGUCGUGGGGGAACACCGACCCCGGCAUCGAGGAGUGGCAGCACCGACACCUAUAGCGCCCACAGUUCUCCGCCCUCCCGCACCGGCACGCCCCAGCUUCGUCAUCACAACUUUAGGCGUGACCUGAACCGGGCCAGCCCGGCACCCACACUGGACGCUGCUGAGCGCGUCCGUCCAAAUCCCGUCGUCGACACGGGCUUUAACUUUGACUUUGGCUUCACUUCGAGCAACAUCAGGCCGCCCACUCCCGACUCGACGAAUUGCUCGCUGGCGUCGCCGGCCGGUGAGGCGGGCCCAACGCUGCCUUCCACCUCGGAAUCAGCCCAAACACAGUCGAAGGGCGAACCGAAGGGCGAACCGAAGGCCGAGCCGCCAUCCAAGUUUACCCGUGCCAACGCUCCCGCGCCGCUCAACCUUGACUUCAACUUCUCUCCUGACGCGCCGUCUCGAGACCCGACUUUAAGUCCGGCAGGAGGGUUGUGGACGCCGCCUAUCCGAUCGGUACCGGCCGCCUCAACCACGUUUGACGGGAGACCGUCUACGUCGGGCGGACCAAGCCGGUUCGGGAAUGGCGGUGGGUUGGCCGCGUCGCCAAACUUCGUCUCUAAGUUCCCCGAGAGGUUGGCAUCCGAAGACGACGACGUAGCGACGUUUAUGGGUAUCGGCGUAGCGCGGGGCCCGAGCAUCAGAGAGGUGAGGCGGCCGAAGACGUCGGGAGGGAGGAGGCCACAGGCGGGUAUGGUGGAUUCUUUUGGGACGGGCUUCAUCUGAGGCAUUGCAUACUCUAUCUAUCUACUCUGUCGCUCGCUUUUCUCUUCUUCAGUUUUGCAUAUACCCCGAUGUCAUUUUCUUUUCCCCUUCAUCUAUACCCCCUCAAUUCAUCGAUAUCAUCAUGGCUGCAUACUUUUCGGGUUUCAAAGGUUAAGACCAUCAACAUCAACCGGGACAUGGGCA